GCUUCAAUCGACACUUGGCACUAUGUCGGGCUAUGCGCAGCCUCGUGCUAUGCCGCUGGGACUCCCGCUGCCAAUCGUCCAGGAUCAUCGAAUGCCGGAGGCUCCUGCUCUUCCAGAAGCUUCCCCACUUGGUGGUCUAACCUGUCCUCUCGGGCCCAAUUCGUCACCGACCUUGACAACACCACAGUGUGCCAAUGCCAACAACUCCUCUCCAGGCUUCGGCGCAGAGACGCCCUUCUCCGCUGCCUCCAACAAGUUUGGUGGUCUCAGUGACAUGAACGAUUGGGCAUGGGAGAUGGGUAGCCAGUGCAGUGUGCCCUCUGCGUGGUCAAAGCCAAGCACAGUUCACAGCAGUGUGAGCAAGCUGAGCAGCGCCACUGGUGAGGGGUUGAUCCCGGGGCUUGUUGAUGGACAGCGGCUUUCGUCUGUGAAGCCUUGUGCAGUCCCCACCGUAGGAGGCAAAGUCGUGGUUAGUCUGCGCAAGGAGGUACCCCAGGGCUUCUGGGAUAGAUUGGGCAUUUUCCUCGUCAAUGGUCCGGUGCAGAAGAAACUAACGCCAACGGGUGUCAAGAAGGGCAAGAAGCUGUGCGUGGAGGUGCCUUCUGGCAUGGAGCCGGGCGACUACGAUGUGCGUCUGGCCUUCGGCGAGAAGAUCAUUCACGGUGCAAUACCCUUGGCUAUAAGAGAUGGCGAUGGGGAGGAUGACAACUUUGAUGACUGAUAGAGCCGGUGCCUAGACUUUCAGACCACUUUGAGAGUCUUGCACUGAGCUUGCGCGGGGGACUGCGUUGUGCCGGCACGAGACCGGAUAGUGACUA